AUGCUGACGGCGGUCUGCGGCUCCCUGGGAUCCCAGCCCUCGGACGCGCCCCGCGCCUCCCCGACCCACCUGGACCUGCAGCCGCUCCAGCCCUUCCAGCCGCACGCCCCCGCCGCCCCGGGAGCCCCCGACUUCGCCUCCCCGCUGCCCCCCCCGGAGCUGCCGCUGCCGGGGCCCGACGACUCCGCCUUCGCCGCCCCCGGCGCCUACGAGCCCCAUGGCCCCCCGAGGUUAGAGCUGCCCCCCGACGGCCCCGCCGCCCCCGGCGCCUACGCCAAGCUGCUGCCGGCCCCCCCGGACAUGGCGCACCCCUACGAGCCCUGGUUUCGGCCCCCCCACCCCGGCGCCCCCGGCGAGGAAGGAGGGGGCGUCAACUGGUGGGACCUCCACGCCGGGGCCAGCUGGAUGGAGCUGCCCCCCGGGCAGGGCGGGGGGCUGCAGGUGCCCGCGCACCCCGGGCUGCCGCCGGCCCUGGGGGGGUACGGCCCCGGGGGGGAGCACCAGCUCUGCGCGCCCCCCGCCCACCUCCUGCCGCCGCCGGCGCAGCAUCUCCUGGGCGCCGAGGGGGCGAAGGCGCUGGAGGGUCCCCCGGAGCCGCGGGGGCCGGAGGCGGAGGGCGGGGGGCGUCCCAAAGGCGCCCGGCGGGCCGUGCCCAGGGGCGGGGGGCAGGCGGCGUGUCGCUGCCCCAACUGCCAGGAGGCCGAGAGGGGCGGCCCGUGCCCCGAGGGGGCGAAGCGCAAGCACCUGCACAACUGCCACAUUCCGGGCUGCGGGAAGGCGUACGCCAAGACCUCCCACCUGAAAGCCCACCUGCGCUGGCACAGCGGCGACCGGCCCUUCGUGUGCAACUGGCUCUUCUGCGGCAAGCGCUUCACCCGCUCCGACGAGCUCCAGCGGCACCUCCAGACCCACACCGGCGCCAAGAAGUUCGCCUGCCCCGUCUGCGGCCGCGUCUUCAUGCGCAGCGACCACCUGGGCAAGCACAUGAAGACCCACGACGGGGGCAAGGACGGGGCCGAGCCCGAGGGGAAGGGCGCCGGGGACCCGUCGGCCGCCAAGGGAGGAGGCAAGAGGGAGCCCGAGGGGGGCAACGCCGCCGCCCCCACAAACUGAGCCGCUGAGCCCCGGGGGGGGGAC